AUGGGGCCACCACAAUGGUUUCGCAAGCGCAACGGCGACGGCCAGACGGCUCCCGUCUAUAGAUCCUCGAAUAGUCAGCUUCCUAUGCUGCACCUCGCCGACACGACACGGAACAAUUUCAUCGCCGCCGUCGGGGAAUUCGUGGGAACCUUUCUCUUCCUCUUCUUCUCCUUCGCUGGGACGCAGGUGUCUAAUACCCCCAAACCAGCGCCCGGGUCUCCUCCAAACACUCCAAACCUGCUAUACUCCUCGCUCUGCUUCGGAUUUUCGUUGAUGGUCAAUGUGUGGGCAUUCUAUCGAGUGACUGGAGGUCUAUUUAACCCCGCAGUCACUUUGGCCCUGUGUCUGGUUGGUGGAUUGUCUCCCAUCCGUGGGGUUAUUGUUUUCGGGGUUCAGCUCAUCGCAGGCAUUGCAGCUGCCGGUGUCGUGAGUGCUUUGUUCCCAGGCGACUUGAACGUCGGCACUCGUCUGGGCGGCGGCGCUUCAAUCUCACAAGGACUGUUCAUCGAAAUGUUUUUGACGGCUCAGCUGGUGCUCAUUAUCAUCAUGCUGGCUGUUGUGAAACACAAGUCCACCUUCCUGGCUCCUGUGGCCAUCGGCCUGGUGUUCUUCGUGACCGAGAUGGUUGGGGACUAUUAUACUGGCGGUUCACUCAACCCAGCGCGAUCGCUCGGUCCUGACGUCAUCAACCGCAGUUUCCCCGGGUACCAUUGGAUCUACUGGGUCGGUCCGUUGCUGGGAAGUCUCCUCGCAUGUGGCUUCUUCACCUUCCUCAAGAUGUUCCAGUACACCACCGUCAAUCCCGGUCAGGACUACAAUGAAUGGGAGGCCAAGAUGGGUUCGGGAGGUCCCGGAUCGUGGGACAUGUCGAUGCACCGUCCCUCGUAUAACUCCGAAGCUACUACGGUAGAGCAGCCGCAAUCGCCAACAGCCGAGAGGAGGAACCACACCCCGACCAACUCACAACUGCAGAAUAACCCUAAUAUUCCUAAUAUUCCUCACGGGGCAGAGCAGGUGUAG